AUGCUUCUCCUGCUAGAUGUGGCCGACAUCCCUGCAUCUGGGCUCGUGUUCAAGGACACGAUUAAGAUUGAGGGCUUCACUGACCCGAAGGUCUCCGGCGUCAAGCUGUACGUGGCCGAUUUCCAGAGACCAAUCACCGAGAAGCUGCAGAAGGACUUUUUCAACGACCCGACGCAGGCCAGCGUCACCUGUGCUCGGACCGGGCCAGUCAAGCUGCUCGAGGCGGUGGAGCCGAAUGGCGAGGGCGAGGAGGUAUUCAGCCAGUCCAGGUCGCUCUUUUUCAAGUCCGUGAAGGUGCGGCGCGUGUACGAUAAGGAGGCAAACACGAUCGUCUACGUGUCCUACUCGGUCCGGCUGUCGAAGAGCGAGGACGACAACAAGUCGCGCUUCAAGUCCACGAUGUGCACCGUCCCGCUUGGGUGACAGCCCGGGGAGGGCGGGGUUUUCGCGUCUGAUUCACUGUGCAUGCAUGGCGUACCGGGCGGUGCGCGUGAGGUUUCAUGCGCGGCGCUGUAGCAGACCGUUCUACGUGCGUGCAUACCAUCA